UCAGUCAGUUAUUGGUUUAGUCGUGCUGUCGCUUUGCUCAGUCCUUUUGUUGGUGAAAAGAAAUUGCUGCUCGCCUCUGUGAUUGAUUAGUGUGGUCUGGAGAAAGCUCUGUUUCAAUUAGCCGCCCUGUUACUUGUUUGUAUGGUAAACUCUGGUAAACGGAAGCUCAACGGCGAAGAUGAAUAUCAGUGGUUUAAACGGAGUUUUAAUCCUAUUAUAUGCAGUAGUGAAAGUAUUAGACAGUUUUAGUUAGAUAUUUAUUUUUUUAGCAGCUGACAUACGGUGCUUUUACCGUACAUGAAAACCCCGUGGCGCUUGAGUCCGGCUUUAUUUACUCUGCAGCAGACAGGUAGCAGCAUAUGUUAGCUUCUCUAUUAUCGUGAUGGAAUCACAAUGCGAGUAUUCUAUGUAUUUUCCCGCCACUCCCAUAACGGUUCUGUCCGACCCGGCGGAGUACGCACGUGUUCCGCGGCGAAAGCACGUCUACCUCGGGGAGGUCGUCCAGUUCCUGCUGGUCCUGCGGUCCCGGAGGGAUGACAGCUCCGGGGUUUUAUUACCGUGGAAGGAGCUGGCUGCUUCUCUGUCUGCUAUGGCGAGCGUGUGCGUCGCCGAGAGCCGGCAGCAGAGACCCGGUGGCGAGUACCAGCCGGACAUCCAGAGCACCUGCAGCGAGGACAGCGGGGAAGAGGAGCCCGGAGAGAGGGAGUGUGGAGGGGAAGGGACCCGGACUUUCACCCAGUGCAGCCCGCAGCUCAUUCAGAACAGCUCGGCCAGUGAUAGGCGACAGUGUGGGAGGGAACCGGUGAAGUCUGCUCUGGUGUUGGAUGACCAGGUCAUCUUCUGUCUCACUGUCUCUUUGGACAAGCUGCCAGUCAACACACUGAAAGCCAAGAUCAUAGUGACUGUGUGGAGGCAGGAGGAGGAGAAGGCGGAGGUGAGGGAACAUGGAUACCUCACUCUCCUGCAGCUCAGGAGUCCAAUACAAACCUUCAAACAGGACCUCAGCACCUUCAAGUCACAGGUCAGCACCAUCCUGGAUGUUCUUCCUCCGCCCAGUGUUCAGUGUCAGCACAUGGCUGUCUCAGGAAAACACCUGACUGUUCUCAAAGUGUUGAACUGCAGCUCUCAGGAUGAGGUUUGUGUUAGAGAUGUGAAGAUCCUUCCUAAUUAUAACUCGUCCUAUCUCCCCAUGAUGCCAGAUGGUUCAGUCCUCAUAGUCGACAAUGUCUGCCACCAAUCAGCUGAGGUCACCGUGGCUUCAUUCUGCCGGAUAGACAGCGGGUCAUCACGUUUACCCAGCAUGCUCAGCGCCCUGGAGGAACAGAACUUCCUGUUCCAGCUGCAGCUUCAAGACAAAGCAGAGGAGGACUCCAGUGAGGGGUUGGAAAUCCCGUUGGUGGCUGUGUUACAAUGGUACAAUCCAACACUACCGUUAACAAGAUACAUCUCUAGUUGUUACUUGUUGCCCAGUAUCCGAUUGGAUCGCCCCCGGCUGGUGAUGACGGCUUCCUGUCCCAGUGCUGUCCGGCCCUUGGAGCACUUCUGGGUAAAAUACACCCUGCUUAACAACUUGCAGGACUUCCUUGCCGUCCGUCUGAUCUGGAAUUCUGAUGCUGAUAAAGGAGGCCAGCGGGACCACAUUGCCCACCCGGCAGUGGUGUGCCAGUCUCCUCUCAACAACCUGGGGCAGUGUAGGAAGGGAUCCACCCUCUCCUUCACUGUGGCCUUUCAGAUCCUCAGGACUGGGCUCUUUGAGUUGAGCCAGCACAUGAAACUGAAGCUCCAGUUCACGGCCUCGGUGUCCACUCCUCCUGUGGAGCCUCGGUCCUCCUCAUCCAGCCCUGCAGUCAGGGAGCUGCUGGAGAGACACAGCCUGGGGCGAUCGCAGAGCUUCUCCCACCAACAGCCGCUCAGGUCGCACCACGUCAGGUCAGGCAGUGUGAUGGAGCAUCGGGCCAUCACCCCUCCCGUAGGACCUCCGGCGGGCAGAGGUCUGUACCUGCCCCCCGACCACAACCUCAUUUCACUGGACAAGAUAGCCAAGAGAGAAUGUAAGGUGUUAGUGCUGGAACCAGUCCAAGAGGUGCACAGCAGGUGAGAAAAUCAUACGAGUAUUUGGGUUUAUUACAUGAUCUAAUGUUCAUUGAUAUACAAAUCUCAGAAGUACAAAAGGAACAGGCCAGAGGUGCAACUUUUAAAGUGAUCAGGUUCAUUUAAAACCAAUCCUGAAAUUCACAAGCAGCCACUGGAGUAAAACUAAAAAACUUAUAUAUAUUCAGCCUCUGUCUGACACUCUGUUUUAAAGCCUGUUUUUGAAGCCCAGUCUGCUCUGUCGGGAUGUAAUGAUACAUUAAACUCACUAGUGUGAUCAGGAUGAGACACAAAAUUAUGAGUGAGAAAGGUUCCUUAUCUUCUUAGACAAAAAUCGACAAAAUAUACCUUCUCCAAUCUUUUCUUCAUCAAAAAAAUCCUUUUUUAUUUCAGGUAGGUUGUUAUCUAUGCAACACAAAGCAUAUUUUGAAAUAAAAUAUCUUGUCUUAAAUAACUAAAACACAUUUAAACUGAAUAUAAAAACAAAUCCCAAAUCUAACAGAUGUACAAAAAAAGGAAAUCAAAUAAACUAACUAAGGCUUUGCCUGUGAUCCUUUCUUGGAAUUAAAUAAGUCAUAUCAGCAUAUCUGAAUUUUCAGGCAGAAGCUGAGAAGCUAUUGUCUCACAAAGUAUCGUCACAUCCCUACUGCUCUGAUUGGCCAGUGUGUCCGGCUCUUCUGCAUCCUUGCUCUCUGCACCAUUAUUGCAGCCGGGAAAUUACCGUAAUGUCGAUGUUGCAGCCCUUUCGGCCUAUAUAUAGUUUGAUUGUGACAUAAAAAGAAGUUCUGACGACUCGU